ACAUGGACGCCCGGCUGGCCCAGUCCUGCCAGGUGCACCAGUACCAGCACCAGAAAAAGAUCCUGAGCAAUAAGGAGAGCCCCCCAAAGUCCAUCCAGCAGCUGUCGACAGACUCGGAGACUGAGAACAGGGACUUUACUGUGUACGAAUGUCCCGGACUGGCACCGAGUGGGGAGAUGGAAAUCCACAACCCGCUCUUCAACACGGCGUCCGCCCGGCAGCGCUGCCCCCCCUAACCCUGCCCCCUGCCAUUCAGCCCCCCUCCCCCGGAGCAGCACGGCGUCCCCUGGUGGAGACAUGGGGGGCAGGUGGAUCUACUCAGAUUUUGGCAGCAUCUUCCCCAAGAAACUGCCUCCCCUCCCCAGAAUGAUUUGGGGUGGGGGGAGGUGAAAGGUGAAAAGUCAUCACUCUGAUUUGGGGACCCCCACCCAGGACUCCCCCUCGCUCCCCUGCUCUCUACCUUCCCUGCAGACCCAUCAGUCCGGG